AUGCAGCCUUUGAUGAAGCCCGCAAGCCCCCAUCUAAGCGUCAGGCCGUCAGGUGGGCCGCCCGCCCCGGUCCGCCUCACGAAAAUACUCAAACUCGAAAUACUCGAAACUAAACAAGCGGCCGCCGAGGCCCGUCACGACGCGUGCAACGCUGAUAUAUCAAUUGCCACCUCGAAAAAAGAACACGGCCGAUCGCCUCCCGUGCCGCGCUCCGGAACGGGGUCGGCGCGAAUUCGUGAAGCAAACGAGGAGCGACGUCGC